CUUACAUUAGAGACAGAAUGGUGGAGGAAUAUUUUUGGAUCUUGGGAAUGUUCUUUGAGCCAAAAUAUGCAUAUGGCAUAAGGAAAUUGACAGAAGUUUUCUCUAUGCAAAUCCUCAUAGAUGAUACAUACGAUUCCUAUGGUACACUUGAAGAACUCACACUCUUUACAGAAGCAAUUAGAAGAUGGGACAUUGGCGCCAUAGAUACACUUCCAGAGUACAUGAAAUUUAUUUACAAGACGCUCUUUGAUAUUUUCGGUGCAAUUGAGGAAGAUACGACUAGGGAAGGAAGACCAUACAGCAUAAGUUAUCCAGAAAAGUUGGCGCAAAGAGUGGCAGAAGCAUAUUAUACUGAAGCCGUAUGGUUCAAUAAAGGGUAUGUUCCGACAUUUGAGGAAUAUAUGAGUGUUGCACUGGAAACUGCUAGCUGCCGAUGGAUAAUAUCGAUUACCUUCAUUGGCUUGCGUGCAACUAAAGAUGAUUUUGAUUGGUUGUGCUCUGAUCACAAAGUUAUAAUAGCAGCAGAUCUUAUCGGCAGACUCUUGGAUGACAAAGCGUCACACAGGUUUGAACAAAAGAGAGGACAUGUUCCCUCAGCUGUUGAAUGCUACAUGAAGCAGUAUGGUGUAUCGGAAGACGAGGCAAUUAGGGUGAUUCUGGAACAAGUUGCGGACGCUUGGAAAGAUUUGAAUGAGGCCAUGCUCAAACCAACUGCUGUAUCGAUGCCUCUGCUUGAACGGAUUCUCAAUUAUUGUCGUACAAUGGAAUUUGUGUACAAGGAUGAUCGUGAAAUUGAUGCUUUCAGUGAUCCUACUAAAAUUAAAGACCAAGUUGCCUCAUUGCUCAGAGACCCAAUACUUUGAAGACAAGUUCUAUUACUAUUAAAAUAAACUGUCUA